AUUAGUUGUUUUUACACGUUUGUUUUUGUGUAAAUGGUAGGCUACCCCACUGGUAUAUUACAGUGAACAUCAGUGUGAACAUCAGUGUGAACAUCAGUGUGAACAUCAGUGAGAGGUCCCAUGUAUAGCAGUACGCCUAGGUUAUGAGCAUAUGUAAUAGGCCCUCAAUGAUUUUUUUCCUUAUCAUGUUCAUACUUGAACAGUCUCACUUGUAAGACAUUGUUUUUCACUGCUGACAUGCUACUUUCCUUGAAUUAAUAUUCGAAAAGAUGUUGCAACCUUUUCAAUGACGUCAAGACAGUUGUUUUGGGCCUGACUAUCCAUUUGGAGCCAUCACUUAGACAUUCUACAGGAGCCGAAAUGGGUCUAAUCUGGCUCCGUAGCUGUCCUCCAGUACAUACCACAACGCCCUUCGGCGGGUGUAUGAUGGUACUCGACUGCUGCUUUAAACAGCAGCACUGACAUGGAAACCCCAUUGCAGUUGCAGAACGAUAUCCUUCAAGAGCAGCAGUUCCAGCAUCACUGUAAGUACCAGGACUACUGCGGACGAGAGGAACGGCUCACUAAGGAGCGCAACCAAUGCUGCACAUGCAAUAACUGUACCUGUGAUGCAAGAAAAAGCCUUGUUUUUCGUGGGACGUCACCGACCACUCAAGGAACUUUAAGGAUACAAUCCAUAACGUCUUCGAGGCAAGGUUCUCAAUUUAGCGUCUGUGAGUUCAAGCCCUCCAGUCAUGGUAGUUCAUCCAGACAUCAUUACCAUCAGCAGUGCCACAAUCGGCAGUGGGGCAGCCCGAGCAGCAGCCACAAAGACAGUAACUCGUAUAACGAAAUAGCCAUGAGUAGCUGCAGAUACAACGGCGGAGUAAUGCGACCGCUGAGCAACUUGAGCUCGUCCCGCAGAAACCUACACGAGUUUGAUUCAGAAUCCCAGCCUUUACAACCAAUCUCUACCGCAGAUGCGUCGGACACCCUAGCCUCUAAACCGGAGAACAAUUCCACCACCCUUAUGCCUUACGCAUCGGGAGACGGAGGGGGUGGAUGUAACAACAGUGGCAGUAAAUCGGGUAAAAAGAAGAACCAGAACAUUGGGCAAAAGCUUGGACAUAGAAGGGCCUUGUUUGAGAAAAGGAAGCGUCUCAGCGACUAUGCUUUGAUCUUUGGGAUGUUUGGGAUCGUAGUUAUGGUUAUAGAGACUGAACUCUCAUGGGGAGCCUAUGGAAAGGAGUCAUUGUAUUCAUUAGCUCUAAAAUGCCUGAUAAGCCUUUCUACAAUCAUUCUUCUUGGUCUGAUUAUCAUAUACCACGCAAGGGAGAUUCAGUUAUUCAUGGUAGACAAUGCAGCAGACGACUGGAGGAUAGCCAUGACCUACGAGCGCAUCUUCUUCAUCUGCCUGGAGAUCCUGGUGUGCGCCAUCCACCCCAUCCCAGGGAACUACACCUUCACCUGGACAGCGCGCCUGGCCUUCUCCUACACCCCGUCCAAGACGGACGCAGACGUGGACAUCAUCCUGUCCAUCCCCAUGUUCCUGCGGCUGUACCUCAUCGCCCGCGUCAUGCUGCUCCACAGCAAGCUCUUCACAGACGCCUCGUCCCGCAGUAUCGGGGCGCUCAACAAAAUCAACUUCAACACACGCUUCGUAAUGAAGACCCUGAUGACCAUCUGCCCUGGCACCGUGUUGCUGGUCUUUACCAUCUCGUUGUGGAUCAUCGCUGCGUGGACCGUGAGGGCCUGCGAGAGAUACCAUGACAACAUGGACAUAACCAGCAACUUUCUAGGAGCCAUGUGGUUGAUCUCGAUCACUUUUCUAACCAUUGGAUAUGGGGACAUGGUCCCCAACACUUACUGUGGAAAAGGAGUCUGUCUCCUCACUGGUAUUAUGGGAGCUGGCUGCACAGCCUUGGUGGUGGCUGUGGUUGCAAAGAAACUGGAGUUAACCAAAGCUGAAAAACAUGUUCAUAAUUUUAUGAUGGACACCCAGCUGACCAAAAGAGUGAAAAACACAGCUGCAAAUGUACUCAGGGAGACGUGGCUCAUCUACAAGAACACCAAACUGGUGAGGAAGAUGGACCAUGCCAGAGUCAGGAAGCACCAGAGGAAAUUCCUCCAAGCCAUUCAUCAAGCUCGAAAAUACAUUUAUUGGGUUCUGAAUGGUCUUCUGUUCAGAUUGAGAAGUGUUAAAAUGGAGCAACGCAAGCUGAAUGACCAAGCAAACUCACUAGUGGACCUUGCAAAGACUCAGAACAUCAUGUAUGACCUGAUCUCAGACCUGAAUGAGAGAGGGGAGGACAUGGAGAAGAGGAUCGCCAUGCUGGAGACCAAGCUGGAGACACUGCUGGGGAACCUGCAGGCCUUGCCCGGACUCAUCAGCCAGGUCAUCAGCCAGCAGCACAGGGACUUCCUAGAGGUGCAGUUCCAGCCGUACAACAAACACAGCCCUGAGCGCUCACAGUCUGUCUCCAGACGGAGGUCGUCCUCCACGGCACCACCCACCUCCUCCGAGAGCAGCUAGAGUCCAAGUGGAAUACCUACAAAGAAGACUUUUGAUGGCCAAGUUUUGAUGGCCAAGUUGCAUUUAUUGUAAAGCCUUAUGGUUUCAAUAAGUGUUAUCCAAAUUCUGAUGACAGAAUCCAAGUUACCGGGACAAUGGAUUUUAAACUGAUGCUGUUUGUUUUUUAUUACCUCAAAAUAUGUUGUUUUCCUUGCUCUGGUGACAGGACCAUAGAAAUGCUUUCCUCAGUAAAAACGAUUAGGCCUAUCGAUGGGGCUGUGAUCAGAACUAUACUCCAUCUCUAUGCAGAGGUAGCCAGUUUUAGGACAGCAAGGUUACCGGCCAGGUGUAAAGAUAUUGCACUAAAAUAGUGCUUCUCCUCACAGACUUUGUGCUUCCGCUGGCUUGAUUCAGAUGCCGUGUUCCUUAAAGCAAGCUGAGAAAUCAUGGGACCUGUCAAUCAGCAAGCAUUACAGUAAUACUUUUUAUUGAGGAAAAGUGCAACAUUUCAUGGAGAUGACUGAACUGAAGACAGAGGGCAGCACAAGAAGGCACCCACAUACAAUGAGGGAAAAAAGUAUUUGAUCCCCUGCUGAUUUUGUACGUUUGCCCAC